AGUCAAAUAGUGGUCGGUCAAAUGUCAAAAAGUAGGUCAAUAUUUUACAUUCUACCAAUUCACAAUUUUACUCUACCUUUCAAUAGUCUCAAUACGUGUGUUCAUAUGUUGAGAUUUUUAUAGUUUUUUAUGCGAUUGUUUGAACGUUUGACGAUUUUUAGUAUUGAAGCAAAAGAAAACUAGUAGUUUAGGUUCAUUUGAAAAAAUAAGUUAGUGCCAAAAAAAUCUUGAAACUUGUUUUGUAAAAUCAACCCCAGAGGAUGGUUUAAAUAGUGAAAUAUGGCUGAUAAACUAGGACUAGGAAGUGAGUGUCGAGAAUUAAAGAUUGGUCAAAGUUUCAGUAAUCCAAAAUCUAAAGCUUUCCACACUAUGAAAUAUGAUUUUAAGCCAGCCUCAGUCGAUACUAAUAAAAAAGCUACCGUAGAAGUUCCUGGAGUUAAUCAAGUUACUGUUACAGUACCUCAUUUAGACGGAGCUGGUAUUCCACAAACUGUCUUCAAGGGCUCUCAAAAACCAUAUACUAAAGAAUGCGUACUCAUAAUAGACAGAGUUACUGGUGAAAUUACAUUAGAGAAAUUGCGAUGCAAUAUUCAAGUUAAGAAAACUAGAAGUGAAUACAACAAACCACAUAAUAUAUCUAAAGGUGACAAAAUUUCUCAAAAUAAUGAUAGAUCCAGUAGUAGUUUGUUAUCGAACUCUAAUUCAAAACAGAGUUUGCCGAUGAGAUCUCAAACGCCUCCAGGAAAUGCACCAGGUGGUAGUGUAACAAUGGGAGGAGUUGGUCAUCGCAUUUCAAGUAAAACGAAAGUCGCCAGUGGAAGCCGUAGAGGAGCUGAUAGACAGAUAACUCAUUUAGUUCCAAAGCAUUCACCUCUUCAUGCGAGUCCCAGUUACCCAUCUCCCGGACAUCCAGUCAAAAGUCCAAAGAGAGAUCUAUAUAAUAGCAUUAAUGAGUCGCAUAAUAAUAUUAGUACACUUGCCAGCCUUCCUAUGAUAGGGAUAGACGAUUUUUCUGAACCUAGACCACCUUCAAGGAAUGCCCAGAACUCAUCAACUGUUCACAAUUCUAGAACACAAAAUUUGAGCAACCAACGACCAUCACCAGAAAAGCGACAGACACCAACUGCUCUUCCCACAUUAAAGGUUGAAAACGGCGUUGGGGAAAUAACAGAUACGUCUUCAUCUAGUAGUGGAAGCGAUUCAGAUUCCGAUGAGGCCACGACAGUAAAUAAAAAUAGUUUUACCGGUAGUAAAAUGAAUGGAUAUAGUAAUGGUAAUGGCGCGGCGAUGAAAAUUGAUACAAGGUUGCUCAAUGAUGAUUUGUGCCUGUCUGAAAGUGGGUCUGACUCGGACUGAUUUGUUAUGUAGAGGCUUUUAUGAUGUUCAUUAUGUGUAUUAUUGUGAAAAGACGAUGUGGCAAAGUUUAUAUGGAAACGAUAUUUAGGAUUUGCAAUAAAUGAAAUUAUAUAUGUACUAUAUAUUUCCAGAAAUAUAUUCUGCAAAAUUAAGAAAAAUAUAUUUAAUCGACUCUUACCAUAUUUUAGAUAAUUUGUGGACCAGUACCAAAAUGUUAUUUUCUCCAAAAAAACCUAUCUCAGAUGGUAAAAUAAUAAUUGGUGGGCAGUAAACGGAUCCAAACUGUAGAUAAUGACGUGACAACAGAUAAAAAGGGAAGAAUUGCUGUGGCUAACACGAUUUACAAGACAAUAAUCCGUCCCGUAAGAUGCGAUACAUGUAUUAUGACGACGACAAGUUAGCAGAUUUUGAAUUGCUGGGAACGUAAGACCCCACAAAAGAUUUUUAGGUCUGGUUGCGAGAAUGGUGCGUGGAGGAUCCAGAGAAAUGUUUGGCAAGUCAGAUUUGGUGGCGUCCAUCCGGAGGCGGACCUGAUCCAGCCAGAGUGUUCGACGUUGGAGGCACCAUGCUCGGGACAGAAAGGAUUGGUAGUCGAUUGUUGAGAAGGUACUGGUUCUCAAAGGACCGAAGUGCCGGUUAAAGAUGAGAUGAGUAAAAAAAUAAAAAUAUUUAGCAAAUAACAGGUGAGGGGAAAAGUAACACGAGGCUUGCUAGCCCCAGAGCAACCAUUCAACUGAGAAUAUCAUUGCUGUCUACCAAAUAACUAUAACCUACGCUAAAGCCAUUUGUUCGGAUUCUUAUAGUAAUACACACGACUAGAAAAAAUAUUUUAUAAAAUUAAUUCUCAUUAUAUUUAUAAUUUAUACAAAGAGUUAUCAGAUUCGA